AUGAUAGUGUCAUUGAAAUUCAGAGCGUACAUCAAGGACUACUGCAAGAGGAAUGGCCUGCUGACACUCUCUGUGAUUGCUGUAUUGACGGGCUGUGUGCUUGGAUUUGUCCUCAGGUCAUUCAACCUAUCCACACAGGCCAAGAUCUACUUCUCCUUCCCCGGAGAACUGCUGAUGAGGAUGUUAAAGAUGUUGAUUCUGCCCCUCAUCACCUCCAGUCUUAUGUCUGGCUUGUCAUCAAUGGACACGAGAGCCAGUGGACGGCUGGGAGUCCUGACCAUCACCUACUACCUGUGGACGACCUUCAUCGCUGUCAUCGUCGGCAUUGUGUUGGUGCUCAUCAUUCACCCGGGGACGGGCUCAGAGAAGGAUGGCCACCAUGCAAGUUCAGGGCCUGUUAUGACCUCUGCUGAUGCUCUGCUGGACCUCAUCAGGAACAUGAUCCCCUCAAAUCUAAUUGAAGCAACCUUUCAGCAGUAUCGAACAGACCUGGUCCCUAUUGUGCAGAACUCCAAUGUAAAAGAGUCACAGGCCAACUACGUGUACGUUAUGCCAGACUACCACAACCCUCAAUUGGGCCACCCAGUCUUCCUGGAGAUCACCCCUGCACCUGACAUCAAAUACAAGAUCGUCCCCAGUACCAGCAAGGGCAUGAAUGUACUGGGGAUUGUCAUCUUUUCAGCCACCAUGGGUCUGCUGCUGGGGAAGAUGGGAGAACGUGGAGCACCGCUGGUCAACGUGUGCCAGUGUAUCAAUGAGUGUGUCAUGAAGAUCAUUAAUGCAGCUAUGUGGUACUUCCCCUUUGGCAUUGUGUUCCUGGUAGCAGGGAAAGUCCUGGAUAUGCAUGACCCGGCUCACCUUGGGGAAAAACUUGGCAUGUACUUCAUCACAGUCCUGUCUGGUCUGUUCGUGCACGGCCUCAUCCUGCUGCCAUUCUUCUACUUCUGCUUCACUGGCAAAAACCCCUUCCCUUAUAUCAGAGGACUGCUGCAGGCUCUUGUCAUUGCUUUGGCCACCUCAUCAAGCUCAGCCACUUUGCCAAUCACCAUGAAGUGUUUGUUGGAGAACUGCGGAGUGGACCGGCAGAUCGCUCGCUUUGUGCUACCAGUGGGAGCAACCAUUAACAUGGACGGAACAGCCCUGUAUGAGGCAGUGGCGGCCAUCUUCAUCGCUCAAGUCAAUGAGUAUGACUUGGACUUUGGGCAGCUUGUCACUAUUAGUAUAACUGCAACAGCAGCUAGCAUCGGGGCAGCUGGAAUACCUCAAGCGGGUCUGGUUACCAUGGUGAUUGUCCUGACUUCUGUGGGGUUACCGCCUGCUGACAUCUCUCUAAUUGUGGCCAUUGAUUGGGUUCUUGAUCGCUUCAGGACAAUGAUCAAUGUUCUUGGUGAUGCCUUAGCUGCUGGGAUUAUGGCUCAUUUAUGCAAGAAGGACUUUGAGAAGGCUGCUGCUACAACUACCACCCCCACGCCUCCUGCCAAUGAUGGAGGUGGCCCCAAACGGAGAGACACAGUAAUCUCCUUUGGCAAUCAGAGUGUGGCAAUGUCUGAUGCUCCUCUGAUCGCACACCGCUGUGAUUAUGUGUUUGAGGUGGAUGGAGACAGCGUCAUGGAGAGACCUGUAGCCUGCUACAACCUCUGCCAAGUCUGA